GGUGACAUUAAAAACAAAAUGCGGCUGCAAUCUUCUAUAUUUCAACUUUCAAGAUAAGCGCCAAAGCCGACACGCAGUGCGAGACGACUUAUCAAAGGAAGUAACCCUUUAGCAAUUUGACCAUUUAUUAUGGACUUUUAUGAUGAUAAUUAUCCCAAGGAGCACCCCAGGAAUUUGAUCCCAGAACUAUGUCGGCAGUUCUAUCAUCUACACUGGGUCACGGGGACUGGUGGAGGAAUAUCCAUAAAACAUGGAAACGAAAUCUAUAUCGCCCCAUCAGGCGUUCAAAAGGAACGAAUUAGUCCUGAAGAUAUGUUCGUUCAGGACAUGGAUGGAAGGGAUAUUUCUGCUCCACCAGCUGAAAAGGGGUUUAAAAAAUCCCAGUGUACUCCACUCUUCAUGUGUGCUUAUACAGCACGCAAUGCUGGGGCUGUCAUUCACACUCAUUCGAAAUUCGCUGUUAUGGCGACACUUCUCUGGCCUGGAAAAGAAUUUCGAGUGACUCAUUUAGAGAUGAUCAAAGGAAUAAGAAAUCAGCAAUUGGGAAGGGCCUAUAGAUACGACGAGGAACUAGUAGUUCCAAUUAUCGAAAAUACUCCCUUUGAAGAAGAUCUCAAAGAUAGAAUGGCGGAGGUCAUCCAGCAAUACCCCGAAACUUGUGCCAUUUUAGUAAGAAGGCACGGAGUGUACGUGUGGGGUGAUACUUGGCAGCAGGCUAAAACCAUGAAUGAAUGCUACGACUACCUGUUUGACAUUGCAGUGCAGAUGAAGAAGGCUGGCCUUGAUCCACGUCUGAAGCCUGAGGAGUACGAGCUCAAAUACCAAAAAGAGAAUAAUCAAUAAUGACAAUUGUGUCGAAAUAUAUAGAAAAGAGUUUUUAUAUACUGAUUUUUAUAUUCUAUCAGAAUUUCAAAAAAUAAAUUUAUCUUACGAGUAAAUCAAG